AUGAAUGCUCCAACUGUUCAACACAUCACAGAGUGUUUUAUCAAACCACAAAACACAGCAGAUGAGUCAAAGCAGCCCAUUCAUUUGUCACAAUGGGAGUUAGCCAUGCUCUCACUACAUUACAUCCAAAAGGGUCUACUCUUCGUCAAGUCUCGAGCAGAACCCAUCAAACCUCUCCUGGAAAGGCUCAAAGUUUCCCUCUCUCUUGCUCUUGUUCAUUUCUAUCCACUUGCCGGUCGCCUAUCCACACUCAAACAAGAAAAUCCACCUUGUUACUCUGUAUUUAUCGAUUGCAAUGACAGCCCCGGUGCCAAAUUCAUCCAUGCAGCCGUGGACUUAACAAUGUCCGAUGUCCUUUCGCCUAGUGACGUCCCUCUAGUUGUCCAAUCGUUCUUUGACCAUGACCGGGCAAUUAAUCAUGAUGGUCAUACCAUGUCUCUGUUAUCUAUUCAGGUGACGGAGCUAGUUGAUGGCAUUUUUAUAGGAUGCUCCAUGAACCAUGCUGUCGCGGACGGAACAUCUUUCUGGCAUUUCUUUAGGGUAUGGUCGGAGAUUUUCAAAGCACAAGGGCAGGACAAUAUUCCCAUUUCACACCCACCAAUUCACAAGCGUUGGUUUCCUGAGGACCAUGGUCCAAUUAUUAGCCUGCCUUUUACUCACGAUGAUCAGUUCAUCAAGAGACAUGAAGCACCCCAACUGAGGGAAAGAAUAUUCCACUUCUCAACAGAGGCCAUAGCAAGAAUCAAAGCCAAGGCCAAUUCAGAAUGCAACUCCAAUAACAUCUCCUCCUUGCAGGCAUUGUCAGCACUUCUUUGGAGGUCCGUGACCCGUGGGGGCCGUCCACCAGCUGACAAGGAAACCAGUUGCAGAAUGUCCAUUAAUAAUAGAUCAAGAUUGAGCCCGCCAUUGCCUCAGGAGUACUUCGGAAAUCCAAUGCAGACGGUGAGAGGAAGCACCACAGCCGGAGAUCUGCUUGAACACGAUCUUGGGUGGGCAGCUUCACUAUUGCAUCAAGCUGUGACCAACCACAAUGACAAUGCAAUAAGAGAGUGGGGUGAGGCAUGGCUUCAGUCUCCCUUUAUAUGCCAACAAGGACGGUUCUUGGAUCCAUGCAGCAUUUUGAUGGGAAGCUCACCGCGGUUUGACAUGUAUGGGAAUGAAUUCGGAUUGGGGAAGGCGGUGGCACUUCGUAGUGGAUACGCAAACAAAUUUGAUGGGAAAGUGUCAUUGUAUCCAGGAUAUGAAGGGGGUGGGAGUAUGGAUUUGGAGGUGUGCCUUUCACCUGAUUUAAUGUGUGCUCUUGAAUCCGACAAGGAGUUCAUGGAGGCUAUCCUUUAA